UUUCUGUGGCAAAUGUCAUGGCUAAUCCACCAUCUGGAUGCGUGUUUUCUCAGCUUCCUCCAUAUUGUGCAGGCAGCUAAAUGUGUUUUCUUUUGGUGGGAGUGGAGGGACAUGGAAGGAAUAUCAUUGAGGUCCCAUCUGCAUGUGCGCGCAUACAUGCGUGACUCAACUUCCUGUAAGCACUGAGAUAGACGGAGGAGAGAGAUGCAAAUCCCGUCUUAUACUUUCUUGAGCCUGAGAGCGCAGAAUGCCGGAGCAGAGCAACGACUACCGCGUGGUGGUGUUCGGGGCGGGAGGAGUGGGGAAGAGCUCCCUGGUUCUGCGCUUCGUGAAGGGCACAUUCAGGGACACCUACAUCCCCACCGUGGAGGACACCUAUCGCCAGGUGAUCAGCUGCGAUAAGAGCGUGUGCACCCUCCAGAUCACCGACACAACUGGCAGCCACCAGUUUCCAGCCAUGCAGCGCCUCUCCAUCUCCAAAGGCCACGCCUUCAUCCUGGUCUACUCCAUCACAAGCAAGCAGUCCUUGGAGGAGCUCAAACCAAUUUAUCAACAGGUUCUGGCCAUAAAAGGCAACGUUGAGGCGAUUCCUAUAAUGCUUGUGGGAAACAAGAGUGACGAGACCCAAAGAGAGGUGGAGACCAAGGACGGGGAGGCUCAGGCCAACCAGUGGAAGUGCGCCUUUAUGGAGACAUCAGCCAAAACCAAUCACAACGUCACCGAGCUCUUCCAGGAGCUCCUCAACCUGGACAAGAAGAGGAACAUGAGCCUCAACAUUGACGGUAAACGUUCCGGAAAGCAAUCCCGCGCAGAGAGACUGAAGGGCAAAUGCAGCCUGAUGUGAAUCCAGAAGAGGAGGAUGGAAGGAGGUCAGGGCUGUGGAGAGGGGGUUGGGAGGGGGGGGGGCGGUGCAUCAGAGGCAACGUGGCAGAAAGAUUAAAAAAGAAGUUCCCCAAAUGUAUCAUCAAAAAAAAAUGUCUGGACAACACCAGGAAUCUCAACUUUUGGAUCCUUCUCUGUUGGUUCUUUCACGACUGCAGCGCAUGAACAGGCUGGAGCAUAUAUGUUUGCUUAAUCCACAGGUGGCUGAGCGGACCGGUGGUUAAAGGCUGCCAGAAUAUCCGAAAUUACAUCAACAACAACAAAAAAGGAGGAUCUGGAUGUUUGAAUCGUUCAAGUGCUCUAAACCAUCUCUUGGUAGCCCGGCCAUCCGCUUUAACCUGAACUCUCCUUCAUCAUCCCGUCACCUCCAUCUUCUGCUUUCCUACCAUAGAUGACAGUUACGUAGAUGUAAAGUUGAAAAUCCCAGCUAAAUCCACUCACUUCUCGCACCCUGGUGUGUCUGUCACUCUAGUGAGCUUCAAACCUUUAAGACUGCAUGGACGGCACUCAACAAAUCCCACGACCUAUCGACCUACAACAGAAGAUUCAGCUGUAUAUAAACCCUGUUCACGAUAUUUUCAUCUAUCCAACUCCAAAACGGACAGUUGACGCUAGAGUACAAAUUCACCCACAUUCCCGAGCCCAUCAUUCCAAGAUUAAAACCUUCUGUACAUCCAUCCCACUGUCAUGAUGAGAAAAACUGCUCACUGAAGCCUCCAGAUGUUCUCAUCUGGUGGGAGGAGGCAUCCAGCGGCAGGGUAUGCACACACUGAUAUGACGCAACAAUCCUUUUAAAACUCUGGUGGAGCGGGGAGUAACUCUGAACAGAGGGAAGCUGGACUCUCAUCAAAACAGAAGAAGCAAAUCUGCCUUGUCAAAAAGGAUGACACGUUUGGAUUAUCGUUGCCAAUCUGGUAAAAUAAAAGGGAACUGGGACAUUCUUCUGAGGUUGAGAACUUGUUUUGGAGGUUUCUCUUUAUGCCUUUUUUGUUAUUUUUUUAUUUUAUUUCAUUUUGUAUUUUUGUUUGAAGAUGCUCUUUAAUUUUAUGUGUUAGAAAAAAAAAUCAAUGAAAAAGCACACACAAGGAAGAAAAUAAUCUCCAAGUAAACCUGCUAUAUACAGAUUAUUCAUCAAACUGGUAAUUCUCUUUUCUCUUCGGUUGGAUUAGUUGCAUAUCCUCUUGUAUUCUCAGCCACCCAUUAGUGAACAGAAAACAAAGACAUGCACAGGAAGCAUGCACCUAAAUGCAUCCAUGCAAACAUAGUUACUGUUGACUGACUGCAUGAAGACAAACAGGGCUCACUCAACUGAAAUGCCCUCACAUUGCACUUUAUAUCAUACUUAUAGACAUACUUUUCAUUUUCUACAUUUAUGAAGAGAGAACGUUUCCAUUUUUAGCCACCAAAAAGUUCUAGGGUGCAGAAAACACCCUCUUCCCACCAAAUUACACACAAGACAGCCAGAAGCACAACUUUUUAACACACAUCCUUCAUUUAUGUGCAAGCUUUUUGCUAUCUUUUUUUUUUGGUUGUCUUUUCCGUCCAGUUUCCGCCCAGUUUUGAGCUCAGUCUCUACAGUUUGUAGUUUUAGUGUUUUAGGGAGGGGUCUGGUCCACAGCACAAUGAAGGUGCGGCUCUGCUGAACAACAGGGUAUGAUGGCGGUGAGACCGGUUGCAUGGCAAGCGGAGGAGGUUCAGAUUAUUUGCCCACUUUUCUACAUUUCUCAGGCGGUUUUAAUAACAACUUGUGUGGAGGAUAAUCUGCUUCAGUACUGUUAAACCCAAAGACACAGAUGACAGCCCCCUUUCACUGCAUAUCCACCCCAAAAAACAAAAAGAAUCAGGAAAAGCACAGGAACUGCUCUCGUCUUAUGUGUUCGGCAACACCGACAGCUGGUGACUUUCGGGUGACAUUUUACUUGAAAAUUUGCUUAUUAAUAAGGUUUGCCUCAUUUAAGUUAAAAUUACUCACCUGCAUCCGUCGCAGAUCUUCAAUAAACAACUCCAGAGGUGUAAUUAUUGUAAAAAUAAGAAUACGGUACUUGAAUAAAAUGUCCUAAAGAGCUUCAAGUAAGAUGUUACCCAUGUCUAGAGAGAGCUGCCUCUGCUGUCUUUCUAGGGAAAAAGUAACUAGAAACUUCCACCACAAACCUGUACCAGUUUAGCUUUAGUGUUGCUUUGUACUGUAAAGUAACAUUUCAGUUUGAACUCAUCCACUCCUAUGAUCCAGUUAUUGCAUAAUAGACACAAAAUGUGAAUAUGUAUCUAAAGGUUUCACUCCAUGGGUGUUUUUUUUAUGUUUGUUUGUUACUGAAUGAAUCUGUUGUUAUUGCUGUGUUGUACUUUGCACUAAUGUGAGGUCCUGUUGAAUCCUGAGAUUUGCAUCGUAAACGUACCCUUUAUCUUUUAGAUGCCAGGGAUGCACUCUCAAAUACAUUUUUAGAGGGUGUCAAAUACAGAUAUGACUUAUUUAUAAAUGUUUUAGCUAGUUUCAUUCAGACAGGAAGGCGACAAACUUAACUCCAUCUGAUUUGGGAAAUAUUUAGGUGCGGGAAUCUGUGAUGGUUUUCUGGCCCGGUCUGAUCUAAUGUGCUGCUGAUGGUGGAUGCAGUGCUCACUGCAUAUUUAUAUAUAUCAGCCUGACACGUCUGGUUGCUUCACGCAGAUCCCAGUUUGCUUGCGUAUCUUUGUGCAAUCUGGUGUUUUGCUGACGUUAGCAGGAGGCUGUCAUUGUCCAUGUCCCUGCAUGGAAUACGAUACAGCACGAGGAAAAAAAAACAAUGGAGCAGCAGGCGGGAGCAGCAGGAGGGGAGCUGGACUAUCAAAGGAGCUUGUGUGAAGAUGUACAGUUUGAGCGUGCCGGCUGUGGCAGACUGGCUUGAAUGUAAGGAGAUGACGCGCAUGCAGAGGGUCUUUGUUGACUUUGAGGUCUGUGUGAGUCAAAUGUUUGCAGGAAUUGGGACAAACACCUCUGCCCCCCACCCCCCACCCCCCCUUGUGGCUUGUCUCAUCUAUCAAUGAAUCAUAUUCACCUUGCUGUCUUUGCGUGCCUUUGAGAAGCUCCACGCAUGUACGCUCAGCCACGUCUGUAAUCUCUGUGGCCUGCAGAACGUUAACCAUACUUUUCUGCGUUUUCUCCUCACUCAUGCAGUCCUGGUCAGAAUUAUCCACAAAUUCAGAAAUAAAUCCAAAUAUUCAGAACAAGCAAGACAGGUUAAUAUCUCUAAAAAGAUCAUUUAAAAUUAGGGUAGUUUUCAUUCUUAAUUUAAAGUCUAGCUUAAUUCUAGAGAUAUUUGUGUAUGUGUAAGUGAUUUACAAAAAUGCAUGACCUGUUUGCAAAAAAAGUUAAAUUCCAGUUUUGAAUUUAAGUCCUUCUAGGGACUUUAACAUUUGGAUUGUCUGGUUUCUGUUCCAUUGUAUGGGGAAUAUCCCAAAUUUCCCAUCUUUCUUUGAGCUUGAUCAGGUCAUUCUGUUACAUAAGUUGCUGAUUUAGGGGCUGCACCAACAAUCAAUCGGCAAACAAGAUUAAAAAAAAGAAUGAAGCAGACAUCCAGCUAUAGCCCUGAUAAGUUUGUUCACCUGUUUUUACAGACAAGGCAUUUUCUGACUUGUGUGAUUUGCUAAACGUGUGCAUUCACUGCACUCAAGAGUUUAGUUCAGCUGCGGGAGAACCCAGACCUUCCUUUUUCAGAGGGAGCAGAGUUUGCUGGUUUAAUCGGAGUGGUACGGAAUUAUACAAAUUCACUUCUCCCUUCUCCCUUUUAAGCAGUUAAUCAAAAAUAUAGACAUGAUUGCUUGAAAUAAACCAGUAAACCAAACUCCAAUGUACAGAGCUUUGAAACAAAUUCUGGUUUGGACCAAACGCUGAUUCUUAGAUGCUCGUUGUGUUUACAGGAAGGAAGCCUGAAGCAAUAAAAUUUUACGUCCGCUGGAUUAGUGUAAAAACGCACUCUAAAAGAAUUCUCAAUCGAAAUUAAAGCAUGGCAUAGGUUGUUUCAUAAUAUGGGGCAGAUCUUGCUGGAGAGAGCUUACCUGUCUGAAGAUUUUUAUAUAAACCAGACAUGCCAUAAAUUGUGUCAUUGAUGAUUUAAUGUAAGUUAAAAUCCAAAAAGUUUGCCCAAAUCUAUUUUUACUAACAAAAUAUUAGUAAAGAGUGCCACUAAUUGCAUGGAAUUAUAUUUUCUGUUUGUAUUUAUUCCACUGACACAGUUCUUUUUUGUUUUUAAUGUCAAAUAAAAGGACGGAUUUGA